UAAGCGCUUUUAAUAUUCAAAACCCUUUUUAUAUUUAACAAUUUGCAGUUAUUUUAUUUUCAAAAAUCGUUACUAAGCUGUUAAAAUAUACAUAGCAUGAAAAUUUCAAGUUAAUAAUGGUCGACAGUUUUAAGAUAAGCGUCGAUAAACGUCACAGAAGUUCCAGCAGCCUUGUUGGAUGCUUAGAUAAUGUUCGCUCUGAAAAAAAAAUGGACAUUAGGGGUUCAAUACAGGAAGUUGAUGACCAGUUCGCAGUAGCUGAAGCUCGAUGCGAAGAUUUAAAAGAAAAAAUCGAUUUAGUAAAGUCGCUUAAAAGAAAAAAGAAAAUAAAGAAACGCAGCAUGACUUCAAUUGCUGAGCCAAUAUCGAUGAACGGAAGCGGUGCUGAAAAUUUUCCACUAAUAUCUGUUAGUACGAAGCCUAAAAAAAAGGUAUCCCAGCAGUCGGCGAGGGUCAGACGUAUCGAGUUGCCGCAAAAUACCAACCCGAUACGUAGCUAUCUCGAUCCAGAUCUAAUUGAGCAGCAUCAGAUGUUGAAUCGAGUCAAUGCUUACAACGUUCAACAAAACUCUCAUAAAUCGACGAGACAACCUAAGAUAAAAGCAAACCGUGCAGUUCCAGACAAUACAAAUCUACCACGAUCGCAUCUCCGCCGAUCUCAGGCUGAUGGUGAUAACAUGUGCCGGCAAGGUGUUCAAAUGAACAGAAGGAUUGUUGCGCCACAAGAGGUCGCAUGCGGCGACGACGAGCUUUCUGACCACACAGAGGAAGACGUAUUUAUAUGUGCCAAUGAUAUCUGUUCAAAUGCAAAACUCAACAACACUAAAAGGCACGUUGAUUCUCGGCGACAAUGUAAGCAAAACUCGGCGGAUCGACGAAGACACGUCCCUAAGGAACCGGUUAAAGAGACGGCAAACGAUAUCAAUGAAGUAGAGGGGAGGCCAGUUGUGGAGUUGUUCAAUAAAAAUCGUCCUACAUCCGGACCUUGGCCGCGUCACGUAAACAUUAACAGGACAGGAGAAAUGAAAAAUCCAAGAGCGUACUGCGCUUCACCAUACCAGGAAGAUAUCAUAACGGUCCCUUCGGAAGACGUUGUGACAAAUCCAAGGAAACAAAAGGUGCCUAGGCGUGCGAAGUACCAAAGUCGGCGUUACGAGUUGCCAACCGUUUCAUCGCAAAUGAAACAGGCUGGCAUGCGCUACUACUACGGGGACACUAACCGUACAAACAUACCUUUCGUGGUCAGCAAGAGCACUGCACCCUCACAUAAUGUAGGCGUGAAUAUUCAACAGGUUCUAAACGGUCUCAAAAUGCAACAGCCGCUAUCAGGAAUACCUUUAACUAUUGCACACCACAUGGGUUUGCGUCACAUCCCUACUUUUGGUGCAAGAAAUCCUGCAGUGCAACCGGUACUACACAAUAGUGAGAUCAACGUGAUCAAAUUGGGCCAGCGAGUGGUUCGCUUGCCCUCAUUCAAGUGCAUGUCGUACAACCGUCUCCUGUCACUCUACCGAGAGGGAGAGGGCAUCGUUCCACGCUUUCUUCGAGCCAUCAGCCGCCCUCAUUACUUCUACACCUCGAUGUAUAACUUAGCAACGAAUCGAGAGGAUUUUGACGCGGCAACUUCCAAGGGGCGCGCUGGAAGCCAAGAAGCAAAGCAAAACCUCGCUGAGUACGCGAACCUGUACCGAGAGUAUGAACAAAUAGAUAAAUGCCUCAAAGAUCACUAUGAUCGCGAACUAGAAAUGCGGAAAGAGGAGCUAGCCAGACAGCUAACUGCACGCGAAGAUUAUAUACGAAAGGUAGUUCAAGAUUAUAAACCUUGCCCGGAUGUGGAUCCAGUACUUCGCGCUUCCGCUUCGACAGCAGAUGAAGCGCACCGCCACUCUACAUUUAAACUUAACUCAGUUGACCCCAAAUAGUCACAUUUUCCCACAUAAUGUUUUUCUCUUUAUUAUAGUCGUAAAAAAGUAAUAGGCUCGUUUUGACAUUUUUCAUCGCGACGUAACUAGUUAU